AUGCAGCUGCGCUGGAGCGGCCAUCUGGUGCGCAUGGACGACGAGCGACUACCCAAACGGUUCUUCUACGGGGACGUCGCGACGGGUUCUCGUCGUAAAGGAAGCCCAAUUCGUCGGUACAAGUAUACUCUGAAUUCCUCCAUGAAGCAACUGCAAAUCAACCCGACCAACUGGGAAGAGCUCGCCCGCGAUCGUCCGACAUGGAGGAGAACAGUGAAGACGGGCGCUGCUAUCCACGAAGCCAACCGCAUCACCGCCGCCAAAGCGAAACGCGAAGCCCGCAAAUCCCAACUGCGCUCAGGCAGCAACGCCGCCGCACAACCGCUUCCAACGUGUCCUCGGUGUCAGCGGACAUUCCGGGCUCGAAUCGGCCUUGUUGGACAUCUUCGGAUCAACUGUAACUCUCGAACUGCUCCAGCCAUCGUCCCCCCGUCCGCCUCAUCCUCGUCCACUCUGCCGCCUACUAACUCUGACAAUCCUUCUGCACCACCACUUCCAUCCUCCUCCUCCUCCCCCUCCUCCUCCUCCUCUUCCACCACUGCCCCAACGGCGGCCGCUCAGCAGCCGUCUCGCACAUCACCAACCGCGACACAACAACCGGCACCACCCCCGCCUCUCCCGACUCCAGCAAUGAGAAUCAGGACUACACCUGCCCUCACUGCGAUCGCACUUUCACCUCACGCAUUGGCCUGGUCGGUCACUUGCGAAUCCAUCGCACAGAGACCGGAGAACCAGUGCCUGGAGCACCAACCUAAACCCACGAAGCUCGUCUCAACUGCCCACACUGUCCUCGCACUUUCAGGCACCGCAUGGGCCUAUUCGGUCACAUGCGCAUCCACGACGACCUGCGGUAGACAACCGCCGGUUACACCACACAUCCACACACUCCCUACCCUCCUCCACCAUCACCAACACACAUAA